UCAGUGCUCGCAGGUGGUGGUCAAGGCUGUCUCAGCUCCCGGUUUUGGUGGCUAGACAGGGCCGCGAUGGCGGCGGAGGCGUUGCCAAGUGCGAGGUGGCUGUACUGUGGAGAGCCCGAGGAGAGCCCGAGAGCUGUACUGGUCCAGUUCUCCAACGGGAAGCUGCAGAAUCCAGGCAACAUGCGCUUUACCUUGUACAAGAGCACCGAAUCCACCAACCCCAGGAAGCGCAGUCAGCGCAUCGUGGUAGCUGACACAGACAGGCUUUCCUAUGUGGGCAACAAUUUUGGCACCGGAGCCCUGAAGUGCAACACCUUGUGCAGGCACUUUGUGGGGAUUUUGAACAAGACCUCUGGCCAAAUGGAGGUCUACGAUGCUGAGAUGUUCAACAUGCAGCCCCUGUUUUCAGAUGAGUCAGUUGAGAGGGAACUGGCAUCACAGAGUCAGGCCAAGACGUACAGAGAAAAGAUGGAUUCUUGCAUUGAAGCCUUUGGAACCACCAAACAGAAGCGAGCACUGAAUUCCAGGAGAAUGAACAGAGUUGGCAAUGAGUCUUUGACUCUGGCGGUGGCUAAGGCUGCUGAGAACAUCAUUGAUACGAAGGGGGUGACUGCUCUCCUCAGUGAUGCUGCCCAGGAUGACUUGCAAGAUGACUCCGUCUACCUUCCUCCCUGUUACGCUGAUGCAGCGGCGCCUGAAGAUGUCUAUAAAUUUGAAGAUAUUCUGUCCCGGGUGGAGUAUGAUGCUCUUAAGAGCCCAUCUGAAGCGUUCAAGAAUGUCACAUCAGAAGAAAUCCUGAAGAUGAUGGAAGAGAACAGUCAUGGCUCCUUUGUUAUCGACGCACUGAAGUCCUUGCCUGCAGACGAGGAAGGCCGAGACCGCCAGGCCCGCUGCAUCUGGUUCCUGGACACGCUGAUCAGAUUUCGAGCUCAGAAAGUGAUUAAGCGGAAAAGCGCCCUGGGACCCGGAGUUCCGCACAUCAUCAACACCAAGCUCCUGAAGCAAUUUACCUGCUUGACUUACAACAAUGGCAGUCUCCGGAACUUAAUUUCGGAUUCAAUGAAGGCAAAGAUCACCGCCUAUGUGAUCAUUCUCGCCUUGCACAUCAGAGACUUCCAGAUUGACCUGACAACGCUGCAGAGGGACUUGAAGCUCAGUGAGAAAAGGAUAAUCGAGAUCGCGAAAGCCAUGCGCCUAAAGGUCUCGAAAAGGAGGGUGUCUGUGGCGGCCGACAGGGACGAGGAUCACAGAGUGGGCACGUUGUCCCUCCCCCUGCCACCAGCCCAGACUGCGGACCAUGCCAAGCGGAGGAGAAUCACCUAGCUGUCUGCUUCCCACAUGGAGCAUCGGCCACGGCUUCUACUUAGAUUUCUGGAAAGGAAGAAAGAAGCAUGUGUUGAUGCAGGUGUGAGGUCAGAGACCAGCGUCAGGGGCGUGCUCGCACCCUUCAGCAGAAAUACAGAGCGGCAGCCAGACGGGGCCUCUUCACCCUCCUUUGGCAAUACUCGGGGUCCUCAGUUGAUCGUGUUUGGUUCCCAGGGAUAGGGAGGUGGGAAAGUGGGGCCUGGGGAAGUUGGAAAGAUCUCUCCAGUGCGAACCCUGGGCCAGAUCGAAAGGUUGAGGGUUUAUAAAGAGAACUAUGAACAUCUA